CUUUAUUUUGCGGUUACAUUGACAUUCUUUUCUGCAUAAACAUGCAAAUAUAGCACUACAUAAUCAAACAUGUGUCUUGCACAGAGAAAAUCAACCUGUUUAGGACCAAACUUUAUUUUUUAUAACAUUUUUAUGCUAAUUACACGCUCAUUAUUGCAGUCUGCUGACAGCAUUCACGCAGCGUUUUCUUUUUAAAGCUCAUUUCAAGUUAUUUAGUUGUAAUUUUUAGUCAUGUUUAUGCCACACAUGCUCUGUUCACAUUGUGUUCUGCCUGUGCUGUGUGUUUUCCAGUGGUCAGUGUUGUGUGGUGCAGUGUGUGUGGUUUCACUCGUGUGUGUUUGGUUCAGACACACUUCAUCAGCACAGAAGCGGCUGUCGAACCUGCGCAUCCCUGUGUGUGUGUGUGUGUGUGUGUGUGUGUGUGUGUGUUUGUUUGCAUGUUACUCACCUACUAACCACAGCUGAUGCCAGAGGAACACUCCACCAGCUGCCAAAGCCAGGGUUAGCAUAGCUAGCGUGUUAGCAGGACAGCACUAGCGUAGCUCAUUAGCAAGUCUUCAGUGUUAGCUUAGCGGAGGAUAACACACUCCAGCAUUCCACUCUCACACACUGCUGAAAGACAGGAGAUUCUGUCUCAUUUCUAGCUCUAAAUGUCCAACAAAUCUUAAAUCAAGAAGCAUUUCUUACAUGAGUAAAACAUGUUUUUUUUCAGAAAUAAUGAGUCAAAAUUAGGUGAGUUUUUCCUUGAAGGUUCCUUGAAAUGAAAAUAAAGUGUUUUAUUCACGCUUAGAGGAAAUACACCUGAUAUUAGCAUGUAAAGCUUGUAGUUUGUUGCUUCCUACUGAAUAGAUUAACAAUUCACGUCACCUCAUACUUCAGCUUCUUAUCAAAUCUUCUGACCAAUCAGAUGCUCUCUAGUGUCUGACAUACACCAUUGGCUGUUUUUAAAAAGGGGAGGGGUUAUGUCCAGUUGAGAUUACGCCAAAUAUCAACUAAAGAUGCACAUUUCAGAGCACGGGACCUUUAAAGCAAGUAAAAUAAUCUGCUGAUUAGCAAGCUUCAUAAUCUUUAGAGUUUUAAAAGCUGUCUUCCAGAUAUUGAAAGAUAUUAAUGAAUUUAUUGAAUUUAUCAAUGUAUUUUUACCUCACGUUUUUUUUUCAUCAUUUCUCUGAUGUGUUUUGUUUGUUUGUACACUGUAAAAAAUUCUGUAAUAUUUAUGGUAAAAAAAUAUUUAAUUUAAUUCAUUUAACCAUUAAAGCAUCAGUAGGAACCAGUGCUGCAUGAUAUUGAAAACAUACAUUGCGAUAUUAUAUAUACAUAUAUAUAUAUUAGAGAGGGAUGCUCAAAAUAAUCGAUUAACCGAAUGAAAUGAAAUUCAAACCAAAAACAGGUUUAUUUUCCUAAUUUCUGUCCCCAUGAGCAGAAUAUUGAGCUUGAUUAACAGAGAACUCACUUCCUUUAGACUCAUCAUUUCUGAAAAUGGCACAAUAUUUGUGUUGCUUGUUUAUAAAUGCUUCUUGAUUUAGGAAUGUUUGGAUAUUUAGAGUAGAAGUGAGCAAAGUACUGCAUGUUCAGCAGUGUGCUCUUACUCUCGUCCUCUUAUAUGUGCAUUUCAUGUGUCAUAACUGAACUUUGACUUUGUUUUAUGAAUUGUGAAGCGCUGAACAGCAGCGUAACCCAAAGCAUUCCUUUUAUAUUUUUAUUAUUAUUAUUAUUAUUGUUGUUGUUUUCUGAUGCUGGACGUUUUUUGUUUUGUUUUUAUCGGAUGUUCCUGCAUAGAUGAUGAUUCUCAUGUGUUUUAUGGGGGAUUCGCUGACACAUUCCAUGUUUGUGCUGUCUGUGGGUACUGGAUUGAUUUUGUCCUGCACUGUUUCUGAUCUGUGUGUGUGUUUGUGUGUGUAAACUGGAAGACUUCUGGUGCCUUCAUCGACUAAUAUCUCACACUUCUCUACUUCUCCAUUUACUGGCCUUUUGUAUAUGAAAACAGCCGUAUCUGUCUAAUUUUAUACAUAUAUAUAAAUAUAUCAAGUCAA